GCAAUCAUUUUUUCUUUCUCUCUGGCCAUUGAGAAAUACUGUGUGAGCUGUGAUUGGUCGCAGCUUGUCACAUGGUACAAGGCUGUUGUGAAUAGCCUUGUACCAUGUGACCUCUGUGAUCAUUCACAGAUUUCACACUUAGUAAGCAAUGAAGUCAGAAGUGACAUCUUGCUUACUAUUCUUCAUGUGAUCACUGAUUGGCCAAUCAGUGAUCACAUGAUCGGGACCUAAUUUAGAGGUUCCGUACAAUGAUCGGUGUUCAUAGGACACAACGGGAGCGCGCACAAGCAGGGGGUGGGGAGUCCAUUUAUAAACGGCCACCCACCCCUGCACUGCUCCCUUACGGCCGUUUAUAUACAUGGGCCGGACGGGAAGUGCUUAAAGUAGAACUUCCCCUUUUG